AUGGCCGACCGGCCCACGCUAUUAAAACCGCCGCAAUGGGACCCGAAUAAGGCACCGAUAGAAAACGUCCUGGACGUCACCGAGCUUGCUGUCCUCGGGCCGAACAUAUUCACAAACACUCGGCAGCCAUGGCACCCUCCUGGAGCAAGAGGGGUCUACGGCGGCGCCGUCAUCGCCAUGUGUCUCGCUGCCGGCCAGCGCACCGUGCCCGAUGAGUUCACCGUCCACUCAUGCCACUGCUACUUCAUCCUGGCGGGCAGCGCGGACAUCCCCAUCAUGUUCCACGUCGAGAAGGUCCGCGACGGCCGCUCCUUCAUGACGCGGACCGUGCAGGCGCGGCAGCGCGGGCGCGCCAUCUUCACCACCACCAUGUCCUUUGUGCGCGAGGAGGCGCCGGCCACCCAGGUCCGCCACGCGCUGCCCAUGCCCGUGGACGAGGACGGCAGGCCGCUGCAGCCGCCGGCGGACGACUGGCAGCCGGACGAGAGCAUCAGCACCGGCCCGUACGAGAGCGGCGGCAUCAAGGUGGUGAAUCGCGAGAGCCCGAAUGCGCACGAGAAGAAGACCCGGCAGUGGAUACGAGCGAGGGGCACGAUCAAGGGCGGCCAUCAGGCGCAUCUGAAUGCGCUGGCGUAUGUCAGUGACAGCUACUUCAUCGGGACGAUCAGCCGCAUCCACAGGCUGUGGCGGUUUCCCUUCAAGGUGGAAGAGAUCGACCAGCUGCCCAAGGAGACCCUGGAUCACAUCCAGAGGCUGAAUGAUUUUGAGGGAGGAGGCAUGGAUCUCAAGAGCUUUGGCGAUAGGCCGCAGAUUGGCAUGAUGGGACUUUGUCGACUCAAGGAGACACCGGAGAAAGAGGGUAGUGAGAAAACGUCCAAAUUGUAA